AUCACCAGACGCUGUAUUUCUAAAGUCGACAACGGUCAGAUGUUUUAAAGCUACUGCGACGGUUGGUGACGGUUGGACACAUGGAUUUGAAAUGUAGUGGAUGACAAUCGUGGCUACUGUUCAACCUGUUCAAUCGACGCUUCAAGAACAAUCAAACUGUCGUGCGGCUCGCCCGAUUAUCAAUCAACUAAUCGACGCUAAUUGUUGAUCGGAUCUUUAAUGAAAUGAGCAACGCAACAGACGACGAUGAGCGGAGAAGACGCUGUUUGGAAGCGGGCAGAGAAAUGCUGGAAAAGUACAAGGCAGAAAGAGCAGGUAAAUCUCAAGGUGCUGGACCUAGUCAGACUGAUGAGGCAUCUGAUGAAGAAUCCUUCCACAAUGAGAAAUCCAUUGGGCACAGGGAAUCUUAUGCACAUGAGGGUAUUUCUUCAAGAGAUAUAACACAGAGUAGUGUCAGUAUGAGCGAAGGAGAGGCUGAUGGAGACUUGGAAGGCAUGGCAGGGAGAGUGGUUCAGUUGGAAGAAUUGCUACAGGGGAAGGAAGCUAUUGUGGAAGCCCUUAAUGCAGAGUUCGAUCACUUGAGAGCAGAGGCACCUUCUCCUAACUCUUCUCAAAGCCAGAACAGCAGUAUACACAGUAGAGAGGUCAUAUCUUUAUACCACAUAAAGCUGCAAGAGUUUGAGAAAGCGAUCAAUGAAAGGGAUAACCUGAUCGAGGAUCUCACGUGGCGGCUGCAGCUCGCCCUGUCUGCGAGGGAUAAUUUUGCUAGUCAAUUGAACGCCUUGAAUGCUAUGGAAAUACCUUGUAACGAUAAUGCUGUAGAUAAUAAGAGUUUACAAGAAAAGAUCGAUAGUUUAGAAGAGACACUCAACGAUCAGAGAUCGACGAUACAGAAGUUGAACGGGCAGUUAACUCAAAUCCAGGAACAUGUACGGACACUAGAAAUGGAGAAAGAAACGCGUAACGCGGAGGUGAACGAUUACAAAUUGCAGAUCGACGAUCUGAACGAGCAGAUACGUCUUAACGCUGCUGAUAGGAAUCAGAACAUCGCCGAGACGCUGGAGCAACAGAAACAGUACGAGACUCGGGUAGACAAGAAUAAACAAGAUAUGCAACAGAUAUUGAAAAAGUUUACCGCGGAAACGAACGCCAAUACCGCGCGCCAUCAACAGGAAUUGAAGGAUUUGUCUGCGAAACACGAGACGGAAGUAAUGAACAUACAAGAGAAGUACGAGGAACGUUUGAAACAAUUAAAGGAAGAGAACAAGUCUUUGGCCGAUCGUUUGAACAAGGAAUUGCCCGAUCUGGAAACCAGACACGCGAAAGAAUUGUCCAUCUUUCAAACGCAAUUGGCACAUUACAAGAAAACCGUGGAGGUUCUGAAACUGGAGUUGAUGAACCGUUCCGAGUCUCAGCAAACCGCUCAAGCCGAGUUAAACGAGUACAAAUCGAAGCUGAACGAGUUGAAGGUGCAAUCGGAGAAGUCGAGACACAUCCAAGACCUGGACCACCAAAAGGAGAAAGAAAUGCUGGGCGAACAGAUUAAAUUACACAAGAUUCAACUGGAAGAGAUCACCUCGAAGUAUCUCGCCGCGACUGCAGUCCUAGAAUCGAAGGAGAGUAUCGAGCGGUCAUUGGAGCAGGCGUUGACGAACGCUGCUACGUUGAAGGACGAGAACGAGAGUCUGAAGUUCAAGCUCGGCGACCUCUCCUCGCGAUAUUCCGCCGCGCAGUCAUUGAUAGAGAACAGCCAGUGCCAUGAGAGGACUCUGACCAACAGAAUCUUCGAUCUCGAGAAAUCGUUGUCGAGGCUCAGUGGCAUAAACGUGAGCACGUUGAGCGAGCUGAACGAGACCACUUACCAAACGAUGGACGAGAUGGCGAUUCAAUAUCAGAUGGCCAAACAGAAGCUCGAGGAAAAGGCUGAACUGGAGAAGCUUCUGGUUCAAAGGAUCGAGGGUCUCGAGGAGGAUGUACGCAAGUCUAAAGAAGAAUUGGAAGAGGCCGAUUUCACCAAGAAAUCUUACGAGAAGCAGCUGAAGGAUAUGAAGAACAUGUGCGACAAAUACAAAUCAGAAUUAAACUCUUUGAAGAAGGACGCGGAAGAGAGUAGUUCACUGUGUAGUCAGAGCGUGAACGAUCUGCUGCGGAAGACGGAGGAGGAUCAACAGGAGAUAAAGAAAUUGAAGGCGAGCCUCGAACAAAAGGAGCAAGAGCUUACGGAAUCUACAACGAAGAUGUUUGAGCUCUCGGAAAAAUUGAAGAAGUCCGAGGAGGAGUGCGACCAGUUGAAGAACGGAUUGACCGCGGCAUGGGCCCAGUGUGCCGAAGUGGAAGAGAGACUGAAUCAAACGUUAGGUUUAAGCGACAGCAAGCUGGAUAUGUCGGUGUCAUCGUCCAGUUUCUGCAGUGCCUUAGCGAAGCUCAAAACAGACGGUACUAAUAAUACUGCAAACGCGACGCACGAGCAAAGUAUAGAUGCUAGUAAAAUUGCCUACGAACAAAUCGAUGAUCUCAAUAGUAGUACUAGAAUAUCGUCUCUACAAUCGAAAUUAUCAUCCGUCCUCGAGGAGAACGACAGAUUGCUGAAGGAACUGGAGGACUACGAGGAGAUGAGAACAAAGUUGAGACACUACACGGUUUUAUCCGAGAAUCUUGCCACGGAGAAAGAUCGCAAGACUGAAGAGAAUAAUACGUUGAAGAAAAAAUUGGAGAGCAUGAAUUCGGUGCAGGAAUCUGUGAAUCAGUUGAGAUCGGAGAAGGACGCUCUGCGCAAGGAGGUCGAGGCAUUGAUCUGUGUGCACGACGAACAGAUAAGUGCGAUAAAAGCUGAAACCGCAUCCGAAAUGAGGAAAGUGCAGUCCUUCAUGUUGGGCGUCAAGGAGGGUACGACUGAAUUGAACGAUUUGAAGAACGAGCUUGAGAUGCGACACGCGAAGGAGAUGGAGGAACUACGGACGUACUUCGAACAAAAGUGUCUACUAAUGGAGAAACAAUACUCUGAAGAAAUAUUCAGUCAGCAGUCAAAGAAAAUGUCCGAUAACGACAGUGAAAUCGCUGACUUAACCGAGGGAAUGUAUUAUGGAGGUGGUGGCGAUUGUCUCCACGUGUCUGAACGCAGCUCGAGGAUCGCCUCGCCUAUAGACGAACAGUCGAAGCAGCCUGGCCAGAAUUUCGACGGCAAAGAGUUGGAAUACGAGAUGAAUAUGAAAGCUUUGCAACACGAAUUACAGAACAAAAUAAUCGAGGUGCAGGAGUUGAAGCUGCACUACGAGAAGGCGUUGGAGGAGCAGAAAAAUAUGUACGAGAGGGAAGUGUACGACUGCAAAACGAGAGAAAUACGCGAGGUGCUUAGCGAUGUGGUGAGUCAGCAUUGUCAGACAGAAUGGGACAUGGAAAAAGGUGAAUUAGCGCGACUCCGAGCGGCCUACGAUCAUCAAUUGGAAGAACAGGUCGCGCGAGCUAAAUCAGAUAUAGUGAAUGCGCUUCAGGAACAAAUCCAGGCUCUGCUGAACGCCGAGUCGGACGUCGAAGAGAAUUGGCCGGCGGAAUUAUUGGAGCUGCGCGAUAAACUGACCAACAACGCGAGGAUCGAGAUACAGCUGCUGAAGGAGACCCACGACCAGCUGCGGAUGACUAUCUUGGAACUCCAGCGAAAAUUGAUGAACGCCGAGAGUAAAAAGGAAACAAUUACCGAAGGCUACGGGGAGAAUUACGAUACCGGACCGGAAGUCACGCUGCAAGACUUUUCGCAGCUGCAGGAGAGAGCGAGACACGUUUUAUCGAAUGGAGGCGGUGAUUGCGGCGAUCUGCUGCAGCUGAUUGAAGAACUGUGCAGGCAGAGCGAUAAACUGAUGGAAGAAGGGAAACGCGAGAAGGAGGAUCUGCAGAAACAGCAGGUGCCUUUAGAACCUACUCCUACCCCAUACAUUCACAGGGUUCGCUGGCGAAAGAUCGAGGCAGCGGAUAAGCAAUUGAAAGCGACGCGUAGAUUCCUGGACGAGCAGGCGAGCGAGAGGGAAACCGAAAGGGAUGAGGCCGCGAAACAGAUUCAACACCUGCAAGAUCAGCUGAAAGAACGCGAACGCGAGAAGGAACGUGACCAGCGAAUCACGUCCGAGCAGCCUACACUAUCACCCGAAGAGUCAGACGUCACCGGGUUUCGAGCAUCCGAGAUCAAAGCAGCAGUGGAGAUCCUCGAAUCGCAGAUGAAAGAAAUGUCCUCUCUAAUGUCGGACACGGAGGCGAAGAAGACGGAAACGGAGAGCGAGCUGAAAGCAGCUGUCGACAAGAUUUGGGUGCUCAGAGAGAUCAUAACUGACUUAGAAUACCAAUUGCAAGCCAAGACUGAAAAGGAGGAGUCCUUAAAGAUGCAGAUUAGUCAAUUGGAAACUGUGAUCGCCGCGCAGACGAAGAAUCAGCAUGAGUUGGUCCAGGAGUUGGACGCUAUCAAGAUGGGCAGCGAGACCAAGCAACUGAGUGAACACAUCAAUCAUCUACAGGAGGAGCUGAGGAGACAUAAGUUAAGCACGGAACAGUUUAACGUGAACUCCGCCGCGUUGAAGCAGAUGAAAUCCGAGCUCCGCGACAUGCAGAAUCAAUUGGAUAAGAGAAUCAAGGAUAUGGAAUCAACGCAUAUGUGCAGCUCUAAUUUGAGCCUGAGCCACCCUAGCGAAGACAUCUCUAUCAGAGAUCAGAUAGAAGCCACGCGGUGUCCCACUCCGGACGACCCCACCGCGCCACCGAUGUUGCCAUUGGAUCAGCUGCUUAAAUUUAAAGAGAAGAUGAUGAAACACGCGCGAGUCGAAGAAGUGGCUUUGAAGAGGAUCAAAGAUCUCGAGUUGCAGGUCACUGCGUUGAAGAAUCAGAACGAAGAGUUGCAAGCUGAGCAAGAAAUCCUGCAGCAGACGGCUUCCGAGCAGCUGUUCCAGAUCGAGGCGAUGCGCGGCAGACUGGAACAACACAAGCAGAGCGCGCCGUUCGCGCAGAGGCAAGCCACGUCGCGUUUGGAGAUACAGCUGCACGAAGCGAACACGAAGUUCCAGUCGUUAGAGCGAGCUAUCGCCGAAAAGGAGUUAGAAUUAAAGGACUCCAGGGAUCAGUUAGAUAGAGUGAACCAGUUGUUACAAGAAAAAGAAGCGGAGAUAGCAAAUGUGGUGCAGAUGGAGGGCACGACGAUUCAGAAGCUGAAACAACACGUCGAAGUUCUCGAAGAGGAUAAGAAAAUUCUCCUGACGAAGCUGGGUAUCCAGGAACACGCACAAUUGGAGCUACCACGAUUGAUAGACAGCAUGUUGGCUGAUAAAAAUGAGGAGAUUGAUCAUCUGAAGGAGCAGCUGUCCAAGAAAGAAAAGCAGCUCGAUUUGUACUCCUCGUUGAACUUGGACGAAUCGCAGCUGAGAGAAUUAGCGCGGCAAACGGAGGCUAAGAAUAGCGCCCGCACUUUGAGUGAUAUUUUGUCUAUUCACUCGGAAUGCGAAGAGACUGUGGAAGCUAUUAGAGGAUCGAACAUGGCUCAGAAUUUACCGAAUAUGUCUGACUUCAAGCUUCCCACGUUAUUCGCUUCGAGCAAGAACAUGGAAGAAUCGGCUAUGCCUUUGACGGAUACCAGUAAAAUGUGUCUUCAGGUUCCUCUUCUGGAUCUCGGUUCUCAGACCAUUUCUGAGACGAAUCAACAGUCCGCAAUUCAAGACGCGUUGCACAGUGGUUUGGACUUUAAGACGUCGUCGGAGAACAAUAUCUCAGUUGAUAAAACUGAUCACGCUCACUCUUGGCAGGAGAGUGAGAAAUCUUCAGAAAUUCAACGCGUCACUUCAAAGAAGUGCACUCAAACGUCUGUCGACGAAGGCUUGAGGGAUAUAGAAGACUUAGAGAACCGAUUACAAACAAUCCAAGAAGAAUUGGCGAUAAAAUCGGCGAUUCUAAAUAAAAGAGAGGCAGAUUUGAACGCUCUGCAUAAACUGUACAAUGAACUGCAAGCGGAGUUCAAAGAAGUGGUGGAUACUCUUUCCAGGGACAAGUGUUUCUAUCAGAAUCAGUACGAAGUAUCCCGAGCCUCGGAGAAUAAGAUAAAGAAAGAUCUACUGGAAGUGGAGAACAUUCUAAAAUUGAGGAAUGAGGAAAUCGAGGAUCACAGGGACAAGAUGCAAAUGAACGAGAAGAUCCUGAUGGAGUUGAAAUCUGAGAACAAUAGACUGAAAAAGGACGCUGAAGAGAAGGAACAGGAACAGAUGAGGAAAUACGCUAAUCUGCUUCAAGAGAAGAUGAAGGAGUUGCAGAACUUCAGAGACGCGAUCCUGGAGAAGGACAUCACCAUUGAGACCAUACAGACUCGAAACAUCGAGAUUGAAAACGAGAAUAAACAACUGUACGAGUUUAAGACUAAAUACCAGUCGACCGUGCAAGAAUUGUUGGAGUGUCAGAACGAGAUUCAGAGAUUGACGGAGGGCUUGAACAACAGGGACCAGAUAAUUAGAAGAUUGGAGGAAAUGGCCAGGCGCAGCAGCUUCUCGGAUACGUCUUCACCGUCCAAUGAAAAGGACCAAGAAAUUCACCACUUGCAGGAAUAUUUGAAGGAGAAGGACAAAGUGAUACGACAGAUGAGCGACGACAGCAAGAGUCUUCACAAAGCUUUAGAGACUAUUCAAAAUAAGAUGAAGGAGUCCGGGAACGUGGUGGAGUUGAGGAAGAAGUUGAAGGAUGAGAGGAAACUAAAUACUGAACUGAGGAGCAUGGUCGAUACUCUCAGCAAGGAGGUGUCUGACUUGAAAUUGACGACUCAGCGAUCGCAGGAUGACACCGACAUCGAAGACAUGGUGCAGAGAGAAUUAAAUCUGUCAGCUGAUUUAGACAGACAGAUUCUGAAUGCUAUAGAGUCUGACGCGGAUGAGAAGAUCGAAAAGCAGUCACCCUAUCAAGAGCAAGAGCUGAGAAUGAAGCUGAGCCAGGCUAAUAAGAUCAACGAGGAGUUGAAGAAAAUUAAAGACGAUCUAGAAAUCGAGAGGGGUAUGCUGAAGUGUCAGAUAGCCGAAUACGAGGGACGUAUUUUCCAAUUGAAAUCAGAUUUAACGGAGGAGUCCAAGAAACUAGCCAAAUUGGAUGAAGAAUUGUCGUCUGAGAAGAACCUGGUGAGGACGUUGAAGAUUCAAAUCGAGAGGGAGCACAGGGCGAUGCAUUCCGGUCACGUGCAGGAUUCAGAGCUGAUCGAGUUUCUUCAGAGCAAACUGAAAACGUCGCUGGACAACGAAACGAAGCUCAGAAGCGAUCUAUCGCUUCUACGACAGGAGCACAAAGGCAUGCAGAUUCAGUUAAGCUUAAUGAAAGAGCAAGUGGCACAAUCGCAGAAGUAUGAUGAGCUACCGAAGUUAACAGAUCUCUUAGAAGCUGAGAGGAAUAGGCAUCUUUCGUUGAUGGAAAGCUUUGAAAAGAUUGAAAGGGAAAAUACAGAAUUGAAGGACACGCUGAAGAAAUUGCUGACAGAGAAGAAUCGUUUGGAGAAGCAGCUCGAAAUUGAGAUGGAGGAGAAGGAGAAAUUGUCAAGCAGCUUGACCUUGUCGGAGGAGCUCAAGGAUCAUAUGCAAACCGAUCUCAGGCGUACCAAAGAAGAACUAAAAUUGAGGGAGGACGAAUGUGAGUGGUUGCAAAAGAGAAUAAAAACUAUGUCUGACGCGGAGAGUAAAAGGCAGGAACAGAGGACUAGUGAACAUAAUGAGUUAAAGGCAUUGAGAAGGGAAAUCAAUAAUGCACGAGAUGUGAUGAUGGACCUGGAAGCCGAUAUGAAACAAUCGAAGAGAGAAUUAACCGAAUCUAUCGAGCGCGAAAUGAAAUUAACUGAGACUCUGGAAGCUAUCAAAGAGAAGGAAAGCGAGCUUCAGAAGAAAUUAUCUUCCGCCAAAGAGGUGGAGAAAAAGUUGAAGGAUACAAUAGCCGAAUUGCAGCAAGACUUGAAAGCUAGCACGAAGAAAGAGCAGGAGUUAUGGAAGCAAAUGAGAGGCGGACACUCCGACGAGAAGAACGUGCCACCAAAAUUUUUACAAAAAAUUGAAGAUCUCAGCGAGUCCAAUGAGAGAUAUAUCACAGAGAAGAGUGUACUUCAAGAGAAGCUAAUAAACGUGAUGUCGGAGAAGGAGCAACUCAGCCAACGAAUCAAAUUACUCGAAUCGCAGAUAAAACGAAACAAAGUCUCCCGGGAUCUUAACAUCCCUCCAGACUAUGUAGAAAAGUUACAACAUUUCUAUGGGAAAUUCCUUCGAGCAGACAGCAGACGGAAGGCUCUAACUUACCAGAAACGUUAUUUGUUAACUAUAAUCGGUGGUUAUCAAAUAUCCGAAGAGAACACUAUGUGUGUGCUCGCUCAGUUAACCAAAGUGGAACGAGCUUACGCUGUGAUCGAACGUAACAAGAAAUCGCCUAGGGUACGAUUCAGAUCCGUGGUUCACCUGCUGGUUAGUAUCCAGAGAAUGAAAUGGUUGAUAGUGAGAUGGAAUACUGGCAAACGAGUGGGUGCGAAAACUUUGCUUUGGAACGCGGAUCACUCCUUCCUGCCAGUUCCAGAACCAGCGAAUGUGAACCAUUCACCACCAGUUCGAGAAAAAUGUUCCCACAACGAGGACGGUGGGUUGGACGGUUUCGUGCUUCAACAGUAUUACCAGCGGCUGAAGAAUAUCCAACAAACGUUGGGUUUGGCGAUGUCAGAGGCUGGGAAUCGUCAGAUUAUUCCAGAAUAGUAUUACGGUUCUUUAAGUUUUCUAUGCGGUUGUGGACUGUGAGGUAACAUCAUGUCUAUUCAUUUUAUUUUAACGUUGGGAUUACCGUUUCCGUUUAUCGAGACAACCGGAAGCGUUCGAAACUGGGCAUUUCAUUCUUGUUAAAAUCUUUCGAGCCUCAGCCGUUAUUUUUUCUACCGAGUGUAUAUAGGAGUAUAGAAUAGGAAAUACCAGUUGUUGAACACGCGUUAAAUCCCUGCACCAAUUAUAGAUGACAAUGUUUGUACUUAUAAAUUUCAAUUGUGUUAAUCUGCCGUUAUUAAUUUCUCUACAGAUACUCUAAUAGUAUUUGCCCAUUAUUCGUUAGUACUAUCGGUCACAGAAAUUACUGACGUUGAAAUUAUAUGCACAAUACAUUGUCGUCUAAUACGAUUAUUUUUAAGAGUACUUUUAAGGGUUUCUAAAGGAUCAUAUUGAAAUGCUCGCGUGUCGUGUUUUACCAAAGUUACUGAUAGAAAUAUUGUCCUCGAGCAGACUACGAUGCUGACCUGUGCCUUGUAUAUUUCAAUAAGUGUUUUAGUAUUUAUUUAUUGAUGAUCUGUACGUUUUUAUAUUGUGAAUAAAGGAUAGAGCAACUUUUUAUGAAAAAUUA